UGCGAUUUUAUUUUUAAUUUUUUAAAUUUCUAGCGUUGCAUAAACAAAAUAAAUAUAUAUUGGCUUUUUUUCUUCAAGAUUUCUACGUGAGUAAACCCUAGCUAACUCCACCCAAUUUCGUGCUUCUUUCAAAAGGUGUGCCGAGAUGGCCGAUGUUCAAGACUCAGAUGGCAAACCAUGUGAAGAAAGUUUGCCUUGUACAUCUCAAAAGCAUGAAACUCGUGAUGAAAUGCUUUCUAGGCACAGGAGAGAGAUAUCGGAGCUGCAAAACAAGGAAAUUAGCCUGAAAAAGGCAGCAGCAAAGGGUAGCAAGGCUGAACAGAAGGCUAAAAAGAAGCAGGUGGAGGAAGAGAUCUCUCAGCUCUCUACUAAUCUCAAGGCAAAACAUGCAGAAGAGCUUGCUUCACUAGGCUACAGUAACGGAAAUGAUAAAAGCAAUAUGGACAACUUGGUGAAGGCCAUAGCUGGGGUGUCUGUCGCUCCUCAGCAGGAUCAUCCAAAGCCCAGCAAAGGUGCCAAGAGGCGAGUGAAAAGAGCUCAGCAAGAGGCGGCUAGAGAACAAAGAAUCCAAGAAGAGCAGAGCAACAUCGUGAGUGAUAGAAUGAUCGAGGAUGAGAAAUUGGAGGAAAAACUCAAACCCCUGGGAUUCACAAUUAAUGAAAUAAAGCCAGAUGGACACUGCCUCUACCGAGCUGUUGAAGACCAGUUGGCGCUUCUGUCUGGAGGUUCUUCUCCUUAUACAUAUCAAGAGCUACGGGAAAUGGCAGCUGCUUAUAUGAGGAAACAUGCAUCCGAUUUUCUUCCUUUUUUCCUGUCAGAAAAUACUGUAGAUGAAGAUUCUGAUGAUUCAUUAGCGGAGAGAUUCGAGAACUACUGUAAAGAGGUGGAGUCAACUGCUGCAUGGGGAGGGCAGUUAGAGCUUGGAGCUUUAACUCACUGCCUGAGAAAACACAUCAUGAUAUUUUCAGGAUCUUUUCCAGAUGUGGAGAUGGGAAAGGAGUACAAAUCGGAUGGAGGAUCCUCUUCAUCUGAAGGGACUCUCAGGUUGUCAUACCAUAAGCAUGCCUUUGGGCUUGGAGAGCACUAUAAUUCUGUCAUCCCAAAUUCGAUCAGAUAGGUAUAAUAGAGUAAUCUGUGGGUUGUGGAAUGUUUCUUUCCAUGUGCUUCUUUACUACAAUAUGAUGUUUUUGAGGGAGCAAGCAAAUGUUGGCUCUAAACUCUAAUUUGAAACUUGGUUUUGAUUGAAUCUAGUUCAUGCAUUGUUUAUCUA